GCUCGUUUUCAUCUUUCAUAUCCGUUCAUGGCGGACUGACGUACCGCAGACCUUUGGAGUUGUCUCGUGAAAGUUAUCUGCCUCACGACACGUCGCGGUCUCGACCCAGGCGCCGCAUCGCGCCUUCCAUGGGAACUGAGGAACAAGCGGGCACUCGAGGACGCCGUUUCAGCCGAGGCGGAAAACUUGAUUCCACUGGCAGCGCCUAACUGUGGGAUGAAUGAAUGGAUUCGGCUCGAUCGAGAAAAGAACGGACCCUGUUCAUCACCGUCGGAAGAACAGCUUUUGACGACCCCCGUUGCGACUGUCGUUGCAGCGAUGAACUGAACGAUCCGAUUCGCGGUAACUUUUGUUGGUGGCCAACCGGAUGUGGACCUGCAGAUAGACUUUCAAGGUCACUGCCAAACGUCCUGUUCAGGCACUAAGACGCCCUUAGGGGCAGUCCAAGCUUGCCUCACCCUUCGGAAUACGAUCUCGGCACGUAAGCCAUGCGCGAUCUCGGAGACGAGGCAACUUCAUCUGCAUCUGAGACAUUAUGACGACCUAACCAUUCUCAAGGCAUACACCCAAUUCAGUCGACGGUGGUCUCUCUCCUCGCCGUAUCAACAUACCACCCCCCGAACGCCGAGCCCUACGCGCUACUAUAUAUGCUGGUCCCUCUCUACUGAGUACAGCUUAAAAUCAACCCGGUCUUAAACAUGCCUUCUCACCUAGAGCUCCUCCCUAUCGACAUACUCUCGUACAUUGUCUUCCUUUGCGUCGAAGCUACUCCCUUUGAACCUCUAAAGACAAUUUUACAACUUCUACUGACAAGCCGAACCAUCAAUGAGGCACUCUCGUCUUGUCCCCAUCUUUAUGCUUGCAUAUUCAGAGAGCGCUUUGAUUGUGCGGCAGUCUUGCGCAGGAGUACGGGCCAUCUUGUUCCAGCGUCGUGGCUUGCCUUGGAGCUUCGCCGGCGAUCUAUCGCUCUUCUUAGGGCUCGACUGGCUCGGGACGCCACUGAACAGGAGCUCUGCGACGAUUUAACGACGCUGUAUCUGAUGUGCCUCGAGAAUGAUGGUCUCAACCAAAUACACAUACAGGGCGCGUCCGUGCCAAGUUUUGUGCACAGACUAGUCGUCCAACGUCUGCGACAAAAUGUUGGUGAUUUUAGUUGGCCCUUGGAGACACCUGCCGUUGCUCUGGCAGCUGCGAUCAUGGCCUUAACGUGGACUCGAGAUGACAUCAACAAGCUUACCUGCGAAGAGAGAGAGGAGCUGCUCACUCUGCUGCGCCCAUUUACUAUGCCAAUGCAUGAGAAGUCUCUCUCAUACGCCUGUAUCAAAGGUUCCGGCGGCACCCAAUUGUCUGCGCGGAAAGACUUAAUACAAGGAGACACCGACAGCGGUGCUUCAAUUCGACACGAGAUCGUUAGCCGCUGCCGGGGAUUCUCACUUUCGCAUCCAAAUCUUCGAUCCUCGGCCAUCUUCCUCACGUUUGUCCUCAAGGAGACAUUGUCCAUACGGGCGCCGCAUCACCUGCUUCCCACUCGUGCAGCAGCGGAGGCGGUCCAGCGCAGCGGUCCCACUAUGGAAGAUUACACUGCAUUCGCACGAAUGAAGACGCCGCUUGUCGCCGAUGCGAUCAACAUCGACAUAGCGGACGAUAUUCCUAGAAAGAAUGGCGCCCAUAGAGUGAAGGACAAGCGGGCAUCACGAAGUCUGCGCCACGACGCCGACUUCUUUUCCAUUGCCCGGAACUGUAACUGCUGCAGCGAACUGCACUCCAGUCUACCUAGUUCUCCUGCCUACGUCCCUGGCACACUUUCGGGUCUCUGGGAAGGCAGUAUGAUGGUUUCCCCACUGUCGUCAUCCUCGAGUGCACCACGAGAACGUACCUUCGCUAGUGUUCCCGACUUCCUGUCCCGGCAACCCUGGCAGUGCAGGUUUCGAGAAUUCUUACCUCUUCCUCUAAAGGCAAUGAACGAGGCAGGCGAUCCUCAGGCAACCUAUUGGGGUGGUGGUGUUCAGGAACUAGAAGUUGAUCGAAACUUGCUGACAGAUCUGGAGAGCCCAGUGAAGAGUCAUUACGUGCCAGAUGUGAGGGACGUGACGAAGAAGCUUCAUGAAGGGGGCAUGCGAGAUGCUCGUGUAAAAGAGGCGCACGAGAUUGUGAUAUUGGGAGAGACCCCACCUGAGUUUGACGCUGCCUGGGGUGGUUUCUACUACCGGGGUACAGCCCGCACAGCAGACGGGCUUAUCACUCUCAAACGGCAACCUAAAGAUAGUGGCGAUGAACGUUCGGGUACAUGGACAUUUUCGGGCCGCAUUAUGAGCGGGCAAACGUUUGUCGGUACCUGGCAUUCAGGUUGUGACACCGACGAGCCGUGCAAGGUUGAGGGGAUUUUCAGCCUAUCCAAGCCGGGGAAGUAGCUAUCCCGCUUGGGAGAUAUAAUCCGGGAGCGGGCGGAAUGAACUUAUAGAUUAAAUCACGCAUUAAUUUAUCG